AAGUGUAUGCAAGUGUGUUCGUGUGUGUGUGUGUGUGCGCGCGUUAAGUGUGUGUAUGUGCAUGUGCUGCGUCCGGUGCAGUAAUUUUGCGAGCGAGAUCGAAACGAUGCGCUGAAGAUAUUAUCGGCAUGAGAUGGAAGCAGCCACCAUUCGUUCAAUGCAGCAGGUCGGGCCAACCGGACAGCGGACCGAUUCUGGCCCUUCGCCUCAACCGCCGCCCCCCGGAAUGUAUCAGCAGCGCGUCCAAACUGCGACCGCUGCUCAAAUUCAUCGAUCGGCUGAUACGACGCAGAGCUAUAGCAAGGGUGGCCCAUCGCCGUCGCAGUCAGUGCCUCGUUCGGCGGCCAGCCCAUUGUCACCACCAAGACCUGGGCCAGGAGCUGCAGGUGCCGCGAAUUAUCCAUCAUUUGGAGGUGCUCCGGCGAGAGAGGCACCCUUGCGAUAUGUGCAAAACAACUCAUACGUCCCUACCUUCAUACGGGAUGCGAGUCCAUUCACACGCGUCUCUCAGGUACAGCAGGUUGUCACUGAGUACCGGCAGGUGGUUCCUUCCUCGGUUAUUGGUGCAGCGAACGUAGUCCCCAAUAGCAUAGUUCCCCCUUCAAUCAGCAUUGUCAACAACAUGGAUGUGGUUCCACUGCAUUCAACAUCGCAUCACAUCCAGCAGCAGCAACAACAGCAUCAACAGCAGCAUCAACAGCAACAGCAGCAACAACAGCAACAGCAGCAGCAACAACAACAGCAGCAACAGCAACAACAACAGCAGCAACAACAGCAAACCCCUCCAAUUCCAUCGCAACCGUCUUCGGUUUCUUCCCAGCAAGUCGGAGGCGGAGCCCCUAUGAUGGUAGCUUCUGUGCCGCAACAACAAGUGCCCCAGCCCCAGAUUGUGAUGCAGCAGAUUCCUCAACAGGUGCCCCAACAAACGUCCACCAGGCCCCGCAUUUCUUUGCUUCACCCAAAUCCAGAUUACCAUCUCCAAUCAUCGCGAACAGUGGUUUCGACGGUGCCGGAUAGCACGGGACCACCCGCAUUUAAAAAGAUUCGGUUAAAUGAAGUCGUCGGUUCGCAGCAUCCCCCACCGGUUGUGGGUUCCGUACCACUCUCUGUUGGUAGUGCGAGCAGUGCAACGACUUUGCUGAAGGUGGACACGCGGGAAUCGCCGGUUGUUAUGGUACCCUCGGGAGCAUACCAUCCGCAAGUGGAAGCCAUCUCGCCCACACUGCCCAGUGAUCCGAUGGAAGAGUUACGAGCCACCAAGGAUGAAUUGUUACAGCAGAUCGCCAAGGUGGACAAUGAAAUCGAUAAGGCAGAGAAGAAGAUUGCGUCACUGAAGAAGAAACAGGAAUCCCUCGAGGAAGCAUCUGCCAAACCGCCGAUCGAAGAAAGCUCCUCGGAGGCACAGCCUAAGCACCGUAACCUAGCGCAAAAAAUUUAUGCGGAAAAUCGCAAACGUGCCUCCGCAGCUCAUGCCGUCCUUACAACGCUCUGUUCGCUCGGAGCCGACCCUCUCCCGUUGUAUAAUCAACCGUCGGAUGCGGAGGUGUGCCGAGAGGUGCAGGAACGUCAUCGGAUGUUUAAGCAGCGAUUGUUAUUGCACUUCCGGAAGAUCAAAACCGAGCGUGCGGCGAAGCAGUGCGAGAUAACGGAGCGUUACGCCCAGUUAUCGCAGGAAUGGACCAAGCGCGUCGAUAAGCUGGAGGCGAGCGCCAAACGUAAGGCAAAGGAGGCCAAGAAUCGCGAGUUCUUCGAAAAGGUUUUCCCGGAGCUUCGAAAGCAGCGGGAAGAUAAGGAGCGAUUUAAUCGUGUAGGUUCUAGAAUAAAAUCCGAAGCCGACCUUGAAGAGAUCAUGGAUGGUCUUCAAGAACAGGCCAUGGAGGAUAAGAAAAUGCGCUCAUAUGCUGUGAUUCCACCUUUAAUGUUAGACUCCAGACAAAGAAGGCUAGUGUUUAAUAAUGAAAAUGGAGCGCUGAUAGACAUGGAAACGGAGUUUAAGGAGCGGUUAAGUUUGAACGUGUGGACAUCGGGAGAGAAGGAAAUUUUCCGGGAAAAGUUUUUGCAGCAUUCGAAAAAUUUUGGCACAAUUGCUGCCAGUUUGGACAGAAAAAGUGCGCAGGAUUGUGUGCGAUAUUACUACCUCAGUAAGAAGACGGAAAAUUAUAAACAGUUGUUAAGAAAGUCCCGACAGCGAACAAGAAGCUCUAGAAACCCUCAAAAAUCCAACCAGCAGCAAACACAAUCAAUCGUGGAUGCAAUGACUACUGGUGUUACGACAAGACUACAACGUGAACAACAACAAAAGACUGUAGGCCGUGAUCGCGCCGCGAAUUCAACAAAUAGUACGAUAGGAAGUAAUGCGACAUCUAAUGUUGUCAAUGUCACUACAAAUCCGUCAUCAAAUACCGUGCCCGCCAGCAACAAUAAUGGCUGUAGUGGCAACAAUAUCAACAACAACAACAACAACAACAGCAGCAGUAGUAAUAAUAGUAUUACUAAUACUAACGCGAUCAACGAUGCCACUGGCACGGGUAACAACGGCAGCAUUAGUGGUAGUUGCAAUACCAAUUCUUCGUCCCUAUCAUCACCCAGCGGUUACAGUGUAUCUGUGUCGGUCGCUACGUCUACGAUAACAUCUGCUUGUGGUAACAAUAGUAACAGCGCCAACAGCAACACCAGCAGUAGUACUAACAGCAACAGCAAUACUACCAUUAUGGGCAGCGCAAAUGAGCCAAAUGCUAACAGUAAUGGAGCUAAUGUUAGCAACAAUAGCUGUACGGCAGGUGGCGAUUCAGCAGAGGUUUCUACAAAGACCGAUGAAAACGAAUUGAACGCCUCUACGGGUACAAUGCAUACGACGACAGUAGGAGGAGGGACUGCAGCAGUACCGGUAUCGAAUGCAGCUUCCACUGUGGAAGGGUUGGUGAACAAUGAUCCAGGAGCUGAUGCAGAGCCAUCGAAAUCCGCGACCAGUGUUAAAGUUGCUAGCGGUACGGGGAUCACUUCCUCCACAACUUCAUCUGGAAAGAUCGAACCGUCAUCAGUGCAACCACCAGUUGGAGGCUCGGCGAAUGUGUCCUCUGUGGAAAAUAGUAUUGGUGUUUCGUAUGUUAUACCCUCCGCAACAAUGGCGUUGUCUAACAUUCCGAUAAACGGUGUGAAACCCGAUUUGCUGUCGUUGAAUUCCAGUACGAACCAAUCUUUACCAUCGACUGUGGAACUAACGCUCGGGUCGGUGGUAGCGAGUGUCGUAAAUAGCAAACUUGCCAGUGCUAAAGACGAUAUUCAACACCUCAAGGAAGAAAUUAAUGCAAGUGACUCAUUGAACAAACGUAAAGAUGAAAAUAUCAACGAAUCAGGCAUUGCGGACAUCCCGGAAGACAAAACAAAUGUAACAGGUGCGUUACACACGUGCUUCAUCUGCAAAACAGAGCUAUGUUCAAGAACCCGACCCAUAGAACGAAGUCGGGCCGCACAAUACGGCAUUACGGAGGCAGAGAUACCUGCCGGUGCCAGAAUUUGCAACAGCUGUCAAUGCAAAUCGGUCAAAUCGCGCUAUACUCACUGUCCACUUCCGACAUGCCCGAACCCGAAAGAUCGCGUGAAACGUUUCCGCAAUCUUCCGCCGCGGUUGUUCGAAUUGGCCCCCGAAAUACGUGAUCCGAUCGUGCAAGAGCUGCAAAUACCACCAAAUGUUAGCAAAUGCUGCUCGGCAUGCUUAACACGCAUCCGUCGGAAGAUGGGUCCCCAUCUGCUGGGCAGCACCAGUCUUACCGAUGACGAGGUGAACCGACUGAAAAAAUUACUGCAAGAAUAUGGUCCAAAAUGGAACCAGUUUGCGGAAACGCUUGCGAAACCUGCCCUUGCUCAUAAAAACUUUUACUUUUACUAUCAGAAAAAGUAUGGGCUUGAUGUAGCAUUGAAUGAAUACUACAAGCUGCAUCCCAGCGAGGAUCGCCGACCGGCCAUGACGGAUGGUGAUGAGUCGGACCUGAGCGCUGGCUCGUCGUCUUCUGAUGAGCGGGAUGGUGGCAGCGAUACGACAGCGUCGGCUGAAAGUCCAACCAGUGGUAAUGCAGGAGGAAACAGUGUUACGCUCGGAAAUGUAACUAUGGGAACGAAGUCAUGCAGCAGUGGUAACGCUAAUGACGGUACCUCCCUUUCGGAAGGUGCGACUACAACGAAGAUAGACGAAGGUGGAAUAAUUAUGCUAGGUGGUGGUGUUGGGAGUAACAUACCAUCUGGCGUUAUUGGCAAUAGUAGCAACAACAGCGCCAGUGGUAUUAGUGCUGGCAGCGGCAGUAACAGUGAAGUUGCAAUUUCUCUUGCACCACCACCGAAAACAACUGCGACGAUUACGGGCUCCUCUUCUUCAACCUCUUCCGGAGGUAGCGGCGUUGCGUACGAGGAUGAGCGCUUGCUUCCGCCUGGUCAACCGCAGCCCCGAAAACCGUUACGCCACACAGAAGAGUACGAUAGUUCUGCGACAGAAACGGCAGACGAAGAGAAUGAAUCGUCUCCUGCAAAUAGACAGAGCCCCAAGGUGUCACUUUCACAUCCUCCCAUACCGCACGCACACUACCCGCCACCACUACAUCAUAGCUCAGGGAUUGCGAUGUUGCACAACUCCAUCAACAGUACUCAGCAACAAUCGAACGGUCCUCGAUCCAAUGCCAUCGGAGGUGGUGGUGGUGUUAGUGGUAGUGACCUUAGCUCGGCACUGAAUGUACGGGACGUGGUUUUGAAUGUGAUCGAGAGAUCCUUAAAGAAUAAUUCCUUGGCAGCAUCCGGCAAGCCGCCUCCACCAGGAUUGCGCGACCUGCAAUUUGGGAGCAGUGCUACCCCACCUGCUCCCGCUGGGCAGCAGCAAAUACAACCUGGCGUACCAGGUUCAGCUUCAUCCGUGUCUUCAUCGGGAACAAACGCUUCGUCUACCACGUCCACGAUGAUAAGAGAUUAUCGUGACGGAACGAAGGUGGUGCUUACUUCAGCACCGGGUGUUUCUCAGUCGAUCGCUGGUGUAGGUUCUUCCGUAUCUUCGUCCCAAUCUGCGCAGCAACCGAACCAGCUGUCGAUGCCAGUGUCUAGCUUAGGUAUUACGGUGGUAAAUUCUCAUGGGCAAAUAAUUGCAUCGCCAGGAGGCCAACAGCCACACUCAUCUUUACCGCCACCGCUCGUCGGUGGUCAUGUACAGUUAAGUCAUCAUCAUGCAUUGGGUGGUCAAAUUCCUGCUACUAUUACACCCAUUCCACACUCUAUUCAUCUUGGAGCAUCUUCCAAUUUGAAUUCCUCGGUCGUGCGUACACCGAACGAUGAACCGCAGACGUUGGAUCUCAGCAUUAAAAAAACACCUCGUACGGAGGCGAUGUCGGUUGCGUCAGCAGCGACUACAAAGUUAGUGGAGGUUAGUAACAGCAGCAGUGGUGGAGGAGGAGGAAACUUUCCACCACCGCCGGCACACAGCCACAGUAAUAGUAAUCAUCUCAGUGGUGGUCCCUCUGGUGGAAGCAACGGCACAGGGGCGAGCAGUGGAAGCAGCAAUAAUGUUAAUAACAAGUACCAUCUUGGUCAUCCGGGACCUCCAAACUCGCACGGUGCAUCGGUAACCGUGUAUCGAACGGACGGUGCAUUUUCAGGACCGAACAUUCCAUCAUCGUCCACUGUUGUGGGAGUAGGAGGGGGUGGACCGUACGUGAGUUACCAUCCGCCCGUUUCGGGUGCGCCACCCGAUGCCAUGGGUCGACCGUUAACGAAAUCCCCCUCUAGUACCGGAGCCACGUACCUUAGCAUACCGUUGGGUGGCGGUCCGGGACAGAGUAGCGGCGCAAUAUCGAUGCAAGUACCUUCCGGCACAGGACGUCAGUCAACGUUGUCAUCGCUUACGCCACCACCACCACUGUCUGGUAGUGGAGGACCGAAGGGAAAGAACACUCCCAAGUUAAGUCCCAAGUUGUCGGGCAGUGGAUCGGUCAGCGGUGUACCGAAAGGAGGAUCCAUUACACAUGGCACACCGGUGAAUGUGAACCAACAGCAGCAACAGCAACAACAGCAGCAGCAGCAGCAGCAGCAGCAACAACAACAACAACAACAACAACAACAACAACAACAACAACAACAACAACAACAACAACAACAGCAGCAGCAGCAGCAGCAACAACAGCAACAACAACAGCAACAGCAGCAAACCCAGUUAAUUAUACAAGGUCAGCAGUCUUCGUCGGCAACAUUAAGUCCGCGCUACGAAAAUCAUCUUCUUCGUCAAACGCCACCAUCAUCGGUUGCUUCCAGUGGUCGUCCGGGUGCUUCUUCAUCGCCUGUUAUAAUGAGUGACAAAUUCAUUGGUUCUAUAACGCAAGGCACUCCUGUACACGGUGGCAGUGGAGGACUGUUACCUGAUAAGCGCUCCAACUCGUCAGCAUACGACUACAAGCGUCAGAGCCCGGCCCAGACGAUAGUUGUUCCCGGUGGAGGUCAUGUUCUACCCAUUCAAUUUAGUCCUUAUGGGGCUGGAGUGCGUGGCGUUACCGGUGGAAACGGUAAUGGAGCUCCAGGCGUUGCGGCGUAUUCUUCGCUCGAGCCAACGUCCCAGCAGCUUAGUUCGCGGCAAAUCAUUAUGAACGACUACAUAACGUCUCAACAGAUGCAAGGUCGAGCUGCUGGUGCUGGUGGCAAUGGACCGGUCGGUUCUUCUGGUGUGGUACCUUUGGUUGUGAACGCAGCUGGCGGCGGUCGCUCAGGAAAAGAAUCUCCUUUGCCGCGAAGCGUCGGUGGCAGUUCGGUGGGCGGCCCUACUCCGCUGUCGAUUCCAUCAGGUUCGAUUUAUGGACUUGUGGGAAGCAAUGUGGUUGGUGCGUCACCGUUGAGCAUUGUCAGCAGCCGGCAAGCGCAGAACGAUUACCUUAGUCGUACUUCACCAGCUGCAGAUCAUGUAAACAGAAUCUCACCGGUGUAUAGUAACACGUCUAGUCCACAUCGAACUCCACCACCGCCACAGCGCCAAGGCGUCAUCCAGCGUCACAAUACUAGCGCCAGCAGCGGGAACAGUAGCGGGCUUGGCAAUGGAGGUAGUGGCAAUACCGGAAGUGUAGCAAUGGUUGUUGGAGGAGGUAGUACGUCUUCUAAACCGCCAAGUCCAGCGCCUCGCUAUCAUUUGCCAGCUCCGCCACCGCCUCAUCACUAUCUUCAAGAUGCAUUUACUUCGUUCGUCGAUUUAGCAGUGCAACAACCACCGAUGACAGUUCCGCAUAAAGACGAUGCAAAACGUUCGGCAAUCGAUCAACAGCAGCAACAACAACCGCCAACGUUAUCGUCAGGAUUGUCCGUAUCUUCAGCCCAUCACCACGAUAUGCGCUAUCAGCAUCCUAGUAUGAUACCUUUCCACCAUCAGCAACAGCAUCAUCAUCAUCAGCAUCAGCAACAAGCAAAACAAGCCGCUCAAUCUUUUGUGCAAUCCCAGCAGCAGCUACAACAGCAGUUGCACCAAUCGCAGCAGCAACAAACACAACAACAAUUGCACCAGCAACUACAGUCACAGCAUCAAUCGCAGGAACAGCAAUCGAAAGCGCAGCUGCAGGAGUCCAACAAAUUGCAGCCCCUGGAACACUCAAAACAACAGUCACAGCCACCAUCCCAGCUGCAAUCACAAUCCCAAGCUCAUCCCCAGCAACAGUCCCAAAAUCAGCAGCAUCAACCACCACAAUCGCCACAACCGCCGCAACCGCAUUCACAACAUCAACAAACGAAACAGCCUCAGCCACCAUCGUCCAUGGGUCAACAAUCGCAGCAAAAUCCGCAAUCACAUCAUUCAGCGCAACAACAGCACGAGAAUCAAGACAAUGAGCAGGAACAUCAGAAGCAGCAACAGCAGCAUCAGAAGCAACAACAGCAACUGCAUCAUCUGCAUCAACAACAACAAGCUGCAGCAGCAGCAGCGGUCGCUCAGCAACAUCUACAAAUGCGGCAGCAGCAGGUGGACAUGCAACGUCGGCAUCAGCAACAAUCUCCGAUGCAUCCUUCGUUACAGCAGCUGGGACCUAUUCCGUCGUAUCAACGGGAUCCUCACGCUGACCAGCGGGAUCGCCGUGACGAGCUAAAUUUCCGUGGACGUGUGGAACUUGAGCGUACUAUUAUGGUGGAAAGGGCAGAACGUGAACGGGAUCGGGAGCGCGAUCAUCGUGAUCGUGAGCGAGAGCGCGAACGAGAUCGUGAACGAGAGCGGGAACGUGAUCGCGAUCGAGAAAGAGAACGAGAACGCGAACGUGAACGAGAGCGGGAUCGUGAACGUGAUCACCGUGAGCGACGUGAGUUGGAACGUGAACAGCAGGCACGCGAUCAGCUUCAUCGCGACCGCGAGCGUCUCGAUCGGCAUCAGGAGGCAGACGAACGUCGAAGAAAGCAACAGUACGAAGGGUUUUUACCAGAUCGACGAGAUAGAGCAAUCGAAUUAAUGGGCGCUCGCACUACUUCGGAUGGUUCACUGACAGCAGCAAAUUUAAUUGAUGCUAUCAUUACACAUCAGAUCAGCCAAACCGCGGUCGAACCACCUCCAAUGCAAUCGAUACGGGAUCCUCACAGGACACCAUACUUUGGCUCACGCGAUCAACGUUCCAUGGCUAUGCAGCAGGUGAUAAGCGAAAAUAAUGGAAGUAAAUCCCAUUCUCCCAACGUAAUCAACGUUGAUUUGGAUUCGGACAGCGUACAUCCACACCAUAGACGGGACAUCAGCGGGAUGAGUGGAAACAGUCUUAGUGGUGUGAAGAAUAUCACGCUUGGCGAGCUGACGGAAUCGAUCAUAGCAAAGGAUUACUCACCGAAUCCGAACCCAUACUUGUCGCUGCGACCACCGAUGUUACCGUACGGUGCAGUACCGGCAGGAACUCCCGGUGCGGAAGCGAUGCUGGCAACCGACCACUGGAAGCAUCGGCGGCCGACGUCGGUAGCAGCCACGUCUGGCAAGGAGGAGCAAAUGCAACAGCAGCAGCGUGGUCACGAAGCGCAAAAAGGUCCUGGUCGCGUGACGCCGGAAGAUCGACACAUUAUCCGGUUGGCGCAAUCGCCAGGACCAAGAAGCAAGUUCCACGAAUCCGUUUCACCCGACGCACAACAGUUCUUCCAUCCGGGAGCGCCACAUUUGGGACGUGGUGGUGUUGCCGGUGCAGCAGGAGGAGGAGGCGCUCAUGCCGGUGCUGGUGGACGGGACAACUUUGUGCUAGAUUUUUACGUAAAAAAUCGUAUCGUCGAAGCAAUGCGCACCGAGGACGAAAAGCGUGCCUCAUCCGAUGCAUCGAUGGUGGUGGUGGUUGAUGGCAGCAGUGGCAAUCGAAAUGUUGAUCGCCAGCAAUCGUCACCCCGAAGUUUCCAAAACCUUUCCCCACAUCCAACUUCCGCUCACCAUCAUACGAAGGACAUGGGUUUGGUUGAUCGUAGUGGUACUCCUGCUUCGGGAGGAGGUGAUGGACAGCAGCAGCAGCAGCAGCAGCAGCAGCAACAACAGCAGCAACAGCAACAGUCUCAUCAUUCGUCGAUUGAAGAACAAAAACAGGCGCAGCAGUAUCCUCAACAUUCUGCACCAUCUUCCUUGCUGUCGACAUCGGGCUCGACCACCACGAGUCCGGCAAUUGUUCAUAGCACGUAUCAUCAGCAACCGAUAACAACCUUCACCACCCCACCAACGUACGCGUAUCCCUUCAGUGCACUAACGGUUGCGAGUGGGGGGGCUCCUACACCAGCUACUUCCACCUCCGGCCAUCCGUCAUCGUCAGCCUCAUCCGUUGCCACUUCUAUAGCGACAACGAUGGGUGGGUCCGGAGGCAGUGGAAGUAGCAGCGUGAGUGGCAUGAAACCCAUCAAUACCGGGAUGAUACUCUCCGGAAGUGGGCCCGGAGUUGGAGGUGGAAAUAAUUCGAUCGGCUUGAACAAUGCUGGUGGCGGUGGUGGUAGUGGUCCCGGCGGUGGUGUGCUGACAGACGAUCGUCACGGUGGUGCGCCUGCCAUGGAACCGAAACCGCUGCUGUCUGCUCAAUACGAAGCACUCAGCGAUGAAGAUUAA